CGACGAGCCUUGCAGCUUGCAGGGGGAAAUCCGAGAGAGGUGGUGGUAGCAGAAAAUAUACCAUUUGUCGGUUCAAGCAAGUCACUGCAGAAUCAAUGCAUCAUGAGAGAUGUUGGUACGAGUAUCCGUACUCCAUAAUCUUUUAGAUACCUCGCUUCGACCAACAAGCGGGCCUUGACGCUGGCGACGACGGCGAUGUUGUGGGAGCUUCAGCAGUCAAAAAUCGACGGGCUCCGAAACGCCAAAGAGGAUGGCUUUUCCGCCAGCAUCCAGCCAGUCAUGGUACAUAGUAGAUCGAGUCGAGACUUGAAUUGAAAAGACGAUGGAUGGAUACCUGGCGAGCUGGGUACAGCAUUUUCAAGCAGUGGCGAGGCAGCUCGGCAGGUGGGUGUCAGGAUGGAAUGACGCGAGUGCUUUACAGUAUUUUCUGCUUGGUGUUUUGUCCCGGCCCAAGUUCUGGUGCAAGGCACAAGCACAAACCAGGUGCGGGAUUGACAAUGACAGGCACUGCAACACCUGGGGAGCCAGUCAAAUUGGGGAGUCUGUCACCACCCAAGUGGAUUUACAGAGUGACAUGCAAUCGUCCAUGGCCCGUCAUCAUACACUUGACUCUGGAGGAGUUUAGAGUUGCUGCAGCCAGUCAAUAGAGGCGCCCGUGGCUUCCGCCAGCAGCUGUACAGUACAGGUACCUACCUUACCG